AUGGACCAGCCUGAAGUGCUCGACACUUCCCUCGGCGACGACGAGUGGAACGAGGAGUUGGAGGCUGAGGAGGCAUCGCUGCGCGCCGAGCUGGCAGCUGCCCGUGGUCGCCUGGUGGAAGUGGAGCGCCGGCGCUCGGCCCAGGCGGCAGUCCUGGAGAGGCGACUGCGUUCGCUGACCGGCGACCUCGAGGAGGCACGCCGAGAGUCCGGCGAGCUGCUGAGCGCGCUGCUGUCCGAACGGCAGCAGUCCGCGGAGCUGCCGGGCAUGCUCGCGGCCGAGGCCGCGAGCAGCCGCCUGGCCGCGUCGUGGUCCGCCGAGCUCGCCGCCCAGUCUGCAGCGCUGGCCGCCGUGCACGACGAGGUGCUCGCCGCCUCGUCGCCCCUGCCGGCUCGGGCUGGCGCGGCGGCCUGGCGGGCGCAGGCCGUGCACGAGAGGCGGUGCGCGAGCCACCGGGCGCGUGAGGUGCGCGCGGAGCUACAGGACGUGCUGCGGCAGGUUCAGGCAAUGCGCGCCGGCUGCGAGGCCCGGGAGUUCCACUGCGAGCUGCUGGCGGACGAUGUGAGCGCAACGCUCGCUGCCAGGCGGCGUGCGGAGCCUGUCGGCAGCAGCGCGGCUGGGCUCGCCGACGUGUUGGACCACACCUCCGACGCUGGACUCGAGCUGACGGCGUCGCAGAACUUCACCGCGACCGACCACUGCCUGAUAGGCUCCCCGCGUCAGGCGAGCCCGUCGCUGCCGCGCGGCAGCCCGGCGCUGGGGCGCUCCCCGCUGGGCGACACCCUGGACCUGUCUGCGUCCUCGAUCUCCUCGGGCGCGAGGUGGGGCGAGGCGGCGAGCGGCAUCAGGAGAGCCCCGGAGCGGCCGGAGGCGCCCGAGCCGCCGCGCGGCGCUGGGCCCGCGUGCCGGGCGCGGCGGCGGCCUCGGUCGUCGGCGCUCGCGGUCGUCGGCGCCCUCGGUCGGAGCCCUCGAGUCGGCGGCCUCGCGAUCGGCGCCCUCGAUCGGCGGCCUCGGCCUGUUGCCCUCGACCUGUUGCCCUUGAUCGGCGCCCGGGAGGGGCGGUUCGGGACGAAGAGCGUGUCCGUGGGCGCGCUGGAGGCGCUGUCGCCGCAUGCCCCGCGGCGCGGUCCGCGGGAGCCGCUGGCCCUGGGCCCCGAGGGCAGCGCCCUCGCGGCGGCCGGCGGCGCCUCGGCGGCCGCAGCGCCGCAGAGCCUGGAGGCCGCCGCGGAGGCCGCCACGACGCCGGGCCGGCUGGCGGCCGAAGUGGCGCACGCGGUGGCCGCGCCCCGGGCCGUGCUGCCCCCCGCCCUGCCAAAGGGUGGCCUCUACCAAUGGCUGUCCUGGGCGUCUGCAGGGCAGUCCUGCUGA